AUGCAGGGGAGUAAGAAGUGCACGGAUGGCUUCAGCGACUCCUCAAGCAUUGGCAGUGUGCUGGAUGAUGCAGACAAGGAGGUGAGCAGCCUCACGGACCGCGCUUUCCGGAGCUUGUGCAUCUCAGAGGACGCAUCCUUCCAUGACUCUGACCUGGCCCUGUCCCCAGAUAUCACCCGCCAGGUGUUCGGGAAUUUUCACCAGGGAACGGUGAGCCACACACACAGGAAAAGCGGCAUCUGGAGUCAGUUACCAUCCCAAGGUACUGAGCAUGCAGGCUGGGCAGCCACAUUCCAACAGCUGCCCAAGUACGUUCAAGGGGAGGAGAAGUACCCCAAAAGCAGCCCCCCGCUGACACCAGCCCAGAGGAGACUGGAAGUGCCAGUUUCUGGCCUGAGGAGCAGCAACAAGCCUAUUUCCAAAGUGUCAUCUCUGAUCAAAUCUUUCGACAGGACCGAGAGCCAAGGCUGCGACAGCAGGCCUCCUGCCAGCAAGCCUCCAGCUCUCAAAAAUCCCCCCAAAUUUGCUCCUCUUCCGGAAAGCGGCGUCAACUUCUGUUUCGAUUCUGCCUUUUUGACCGUCAGGAGGGUGCCUGCCGAAGUCUCCAGCACCCAUCAGACCAGCCACCAGCCUGGCCGGAAGCACGGAGAGCAGGAAGCCCCCAAGAACCCUGAAAUGGCCAGUCACGGCCCCAGCAGCUUCCUCCCAACACCUGAACAUGCAGCCAAUUCAUUCGAGCCAAAGUUCCCCUCUCCUGCCCACAAGGCAGCCACUGGUGAGCCUGGAAGGGGCCAGGAGUGGGCUCGCAAAGGGACCUUUCUCCAUAGUGAGAACAGUGCUUUUGAGUCAUGGAAUGCCCACCAGCCAAGGCUACCCGAGAGGAAGGACGCUGCUGACGCUGUCCCAGAAAGCAAGGCUCUCAAGCAUUAUGAGGACACACCCUUGUUAAGAGAGCCCCCGGCCCCUGAGCACAAAACCUCCCCCUGCCAUGUCCGGGCCAACUGCGGUCAGGAAGAGAACAAGAUGGCUGCAGGGACACUCUCCACAUCUGGAACCUGGGUGUCGAGGGAUUUGGGAGCCCAGGUAUUUCCUAUAGAAGAAAAAACUUCCAGCUCACAGCCUGACCCUCCUCCACUGAAACCGACCCAUGCCCCCUGGAGGAAACCAAAGUCUGGCAGGGGAGGGAAAGACAGUCUACAAGAUGCUUCGGAAGAGAAGAAACAGACCAACUGGAGAGGCCCAGCCUUGUAUACAAAGCACAAUCCCCAGGCGCAGUUUCCAGAACAGGAUGCUCUUGACGUGCCUGUGGAGCCCCACGAGCAUUACGAUCCUCCUUUCAACAUCAGUAAGCUUCUGACCCCCGUCAUACCCACCAAACAGGUCCUGGAGUCAUCUGAGAGCCAGCCAGCGGAGAUAACCCCUUCACCCCCAGGACAGCUAAAUGGAUACCAAGAGAAGGAGCCCAGUGAAUGUCAGUCCCGAGACAGCUACAAAUCCAAAGCCCCCAGCCUGCUGUUUAACCUCAAAGAUGUGCGGAAGCGUGUAAAAAGCACGUACAGUCCCUCGCCUCUCGUGAAAGGCCUGGAUGAGAAAAUCAGAGACAAGCAAGAAUCCCUGAGCAACGGUGGACUCCUUCCCAACGGGCUCGAGGAAAGCCCUCCGGAUGAGCUCUCUAAGGAGACCCCAGAUGACGGCCCUUCUGUGCCACUCAUCAGUACCCAGAAGGACCCCAAAGCUGACCCUGAUACAGCCUCUGCAGACAACUACCUAACUCUCACCUCACCAUCAACUAUCAUCAAAGCCCCCUUCUGUGUCAACGGCGAGGCUGCCAACAGGAACAACUAUGAGAAGGACGAUACCAAUGGAGAAUCAGAGAUGGGUGACACCAGGCCUGGCUGGCGUCCAGACUCCAGGCAACGCCGCCGCAGGAAACAUCUGUCCCUGAAGCUUUGCAGUGAAGACCCCGAGGCAGGGAAGGCUGCAGAGACCCCAAAGACCCCCGGCCUAGAGAAUGGAUUCUUGAGAUCCAUCUCUCAAGAGACAGAACCCGAGAGAGAGGCAGGACUUCAGAAUCCAAACUUCAACCCGAAAUUCUCCCCAGGGCCCCUUUCUCCUGAGGAAGAAGAUGUAUUUUAUAGCGACAGCCAGUCUGAUUUUAUGCCAGGCCUUAAAAGUAAGGCCAAAUUCAGCACCAGCUCUUCAGAUCAGUCCUUUGCCUCGUUCGAGGAUCAGCAGAAGACGUGGUUCACGGAGACCCAGCAGGAAGACGGCAGGAAUGACAUGAGUGCAGGUGAUGGUCAGAAGGAUGAGCAGGAGAAAGUGAUGGAGGAAGAUGAGCUAGAGUACGGUGUCAUGAGUAACGGGAACGUAUGCGUGGAGGAGCACAGCAAGCGGGAAUCCUUGCCAGAAGAAGCAAGUUUGCCGGGAGGUAGCCCCAGGAAGGCGCCAAGGGAGGAAGCUAAUUUCAGAGGCACUGGGACCGGGGGAAGUAAGUCAGAUAAAGCUCUUUCACAUGCCAAAGGCCUUGCCCCUUCACCAGCUUCCACUUCAAACAAGCACAUACUCUUCGCAAUUAAAGACAACACCCUGAGGGCCACCCCUGUGAUCAAACCCAUCAUGCUGCCCCUCCUGAGGUCCAUGUCCUCGGAGUCCCCACUGGGCAGUGGCUACAAAGAGGAAGAACUGCCAAGGCCAGGCUGGGGUGGGGAUGCUGGUCCCUGUGCUCCUGAGAGCCAGGAAAUGCCCAGCACGCUGACACCCACCAGUGCACGGGACACACACGUGAAGGGCGUGGCCUGUGAGGGGCUGGAGGGCCAUGAGUGGGAGCCCAGCGCCGCCAGGUCGGAGACCUCCCAGGCAGUCCCAAAGUGGUGUGUUCCAUCUUCUCCGCUCACAGGAGAGGGCCAGGGGCUGAAGCCACCCCAAGAGGCCACACAGAAAGUUAUGGUGAACAAUGGCAAGAGUGGUUCAACAGACCCGGUGAAGCUGGAUGCUCCAAGGUGCAUCCCUACCAUCACUUUGCCGGAAGAUGACCCAGAAGACCAGCUACCCCCACAGCAGCUGGGAACCUUUUGGGAAGAGCAGGUGCAAGGCUUCAACAGUCACUUUUUGUCUGCCCCCAGAGCAGGGCCCCCAGGGAGAAGAUGGGUCACCGGUGAGCUGGCGGGUUCCCCCAAUGCCAGCUCGCUGGAGGAGAGUAGUGCAUGUUCCCCGGCUGCCAGCAGCAUUUGGGACGAUGCUUCCCAGGUCCCUAGUGAGCCUGGCCUGCUGCCAGGGGAGCCUCCCCGCAGCAGCCCCUGGGUCAGCCCCAGCCCUGGCAGGGUGGCCCGGAGGGAGGACCUGACACACGCCCUCGCGUGGGAACCUGGCUCUGACCCCCAGCUGGAGCCGUCAGCCGAAGACCUCAGGACGCUUUCUCCGAGAGGCUCUCUGCUGGACGUGGCCACCAGCUCAGCUGGCCUCCUGGAGAAGCCAGAGCCUCCUGCUCAGCUGGAGAGGGCGGCUGGCAAGCCACCUGCUGUCCCACCCAAAACAGAGAAGGCCCUACGGCGGGCGAAGAAGCUGGCAAGCAAGAGGAGAAAGAUCGACCAGCCACAGGAAAAGCAUGGGGAACGCCGGGAGGAAAAGCUGAACCCCGAGGACUCAGAGCAUAGGCCACUGUCCCCCAGAGAGAGGCCCCGUCCCAGGUUCCCUGCGGUCCGCUCCUUGCCCCCUCCCCUGCAUCGCCACUCGGUGUCCGCCUUUUCAGAGCCAGUCCAGAGGAGGCCUGGGGGGUCCCAGUCCCUUACACCCCAGCCCCCUUACCCUGCCACCCAGAAGGUCCUCCAAGACCCCCAGUCUGGAGAGUACUUUGUCUUCGAUCUGCCACUCCAGGUGAAAAUCAAGACCUUCUAUGACCCAGAGACAGGCAAAUACGUCAAGGUCUCCAUCCCAUCCUCUGAGGGGGGUUCCCCUGAGCCAACCCCGCCGGACGCCCUUGCUGCUCCCUACGUGCUGUACCCCGGCUUCCGGCCCCUGCCCGUGACGGCUCUGAUGCCCCUGCGCUGCUCCUCUCAGCUCUCUGCCCCCACCUUCCUAAGGCAGCGCCUUCAUACCGCCGAGGCGGCCGGCCUCAGGCCCCAGAGCGUCCACGAUGUGGUCCUGCAGCUGCCCUCUGAGGCUCCUGGCAACCCCACCCCGCCCUCUGCAGGCCAGCGCCCCGAGGGGCCUUCCCAGAGUGCAGGGCAGGAGGGGGGUGAUGCUCCAAGCCUGGGCAUCAUCUCCACCAACGACCUAGAGGACUUUGCCACAGAAGGCAUUUCUUGA